AUGGUUACAUCGACUAUACCGAUAGAUUGUGGGGGUGUUGAUGCAAUAUUAGAUAAACUCGAUAGAUCCAGAGAACUUCCAAAGUUCAAACUGUCACGAUACGCUGGUGUCUUUGGUCCCCAUAUGGCGGAGUAUGUCAUUGGUUCCAUCAUUGCUAGAGAAAGGAGUUUUCAUUUGCUGAAGAAAGACCAAGAGAAGUGUGAAUGGAACAGACCAUUACGUAGUGAAUACAGGCUAUUGUCUACACUGUCUAUUGGUAUCCUAGGUGCCGGGGACAUCGGGCUAGAAAUUGCAAGAGUGUGCAAGGCUUUUGGCAUGACUGUCUGGGGAUUGGUGCGACAUAACCUGCCUCCAGAGAAAAGAUCACAAUAUAUUAAUCACUAUCGACAGAUGUCUAUGUUGCCGGAGCUCCUUGAAAAUUGUGAUUAUGUUUGUAAUGUUUUGCCAAGUACGAAACAAACAAUUGGAUUGUUGAAUGGGAAUGUGUUGGAAAGCUGUAAAGCUAAGAAAUCUGUUUUCAUCAAUGUUGGAAGGGGAAAUAUAAUUACAGAGGAAAGUUUGGUGAACGCGAUGAAGUAA